AUGUCUCAACAUGUUCACGAGUAUUUUGACAGCAAGUCCACCAGUUGGAGCAUUCUCGGAUUUUUAGAAGAAUGUAUAGAGAGGCAAGUAUUACUUUUUUUGUUAGAAAUGUAUGUGGGAAAUAGUGGCGUGACAGGCAAGAACCUGCUCGAAAGGCUGCUUGCCAAUCCAGCACUGGACCCACCGGAAGCAGGUGACCUGCUCGGUUGUCUGAUGUUCUGGUGGGAUUGGAAUUUAGCUUGGAAUUUACUUGAUUCCCAGUUCGAUUUCAAAUUGGCGAGAAAGUGGGAGAGGGAAUGCUCGCGCAAGCAGGUUUACUAUCAUCGCUCGACAAUUACGGAUAUCAACGGAAAUGUGACAGGGAAUGUAGGGACAAUAACUGGUGGAUCGUUCAUUGUUGGACAAAAAAGAAAUCGUGAUGAGGAGCAAAUGAUUCCAAAAAAGGCCAGGGAUGUAGAUUCGAUAGCACUAAUAGACGAAGUAACAUCUGGGGAAGCCUCUACGACUAAUCUUCCACGUGUUGUCACGCUCCCUUCUCCAAAUAAUGUUACUCCCAAUCCUUCCUCUUCACAUGAUUCUUUACAGGCUCAAUCUGAAAGCGAUGACGAUUAUUUUGAUAGUUUAUGUGAAAAUGAUGUACCAUCUGAAAUUCAGAAUCUCAUUAUAAAGAUGGCUGACGUAAACCAUCGUCUUUUUGAAUAUCGUAUUGUAAAUCUUGCCGAAAAAAAUCUAGUUGAUCCCGUAAACAAAGUCUUUUCAGAUUAUGACAAAAAGAAAUUGAGAAGAUUAUGGGAAGAGUAA